CUCGUGUCGUCGUCAAAAGCCACGCACCUGCAUACCCUCGACUUUCGUUCUGGUCUUUACCACCACCACCAUCGCCCUUCCAUAUCUCUUGGACACUCGCCUGUCCUUGAACGCGUGAAGAGUACGGUAUCGGCUUUUUGGUCGAGGAGUUCAUCCGGUUCGGUCACUGCGUUUGUUUUGGUUGCAUUCGAUACCUAUCCUAAGCAGUCGUCUCAACGCCGCUUCGGCUGCCAUAUAUACUUUACAGCAAGCAUUUAAUCCAGCAUAUACCCAGCUACAAUGCCUUAUACACCUCCAAAGAUGUCACCUACCACUUCUCAGCCCGCGGCGGCUCCGUCAUCUACCUCGCCGUCUAUCUCCGCGGAGCAGCGAACUCGAGCCAACGCCUACCUCGCCCAAAAGCGACCAAGCCCGGCUUUGAGAACGUCUUCUUUGCCAAAUAUUCCAAAGACCAAAUACGCGCCCAGCCUGAGGUAUGCCGCGUCGCGAUUACACAUCUCGACUACACCUACCGUUAUCACGUCGUCAUCACCCAGCGCCGAGCCAGAAUCACCAACGUACGAUGAAGACAACCGGCCUGAGGUAAUGCCUCGUCAAGAGAUUGAGGUGAAGCAGAUAAUGGAACUUCACCAUGCUGCCAGCGGGAUUACACAGUUCAAGACCGGGUCGCCAAGCGCGUCGCCGCCUCGGAAGCCGUCGAUCACGGAUGAUAACACGCCGGGGAUCUCGCCUAAGAAGGUUACCACGGCACACCGUGCCGUGAACAGAAAUGGACUCGGACAUAAUAAGUCAUCUUCUGCGCCUGAAUUCCGGUUGGAGAUGCCAGCAUCGAACGAUGUUGCUGUCAUGAGCGAUUUUGAGGACGACCGCAGCGACUCUUACCCAGCACCCAAGAUGCUCAGGAAGAAGAGUGGAGAGCUUGUUCGACCAUCACUGAAGAUUGGUGGUACGCCCCGUCGUCGUCCGCAGAGUAUGCCAUCGACGCCGAAUUACUCGAAGUCGGUUCACUUCGAUUCUAAGCUUGAGCACGUCCGGCACUUCCUCAAGGCAGAAAAGCCCGCUGCUGUCUCUGCUUCUACGUCGCCGACGGCGGAGGAGCCGCCAAAUCUGCAGGCUUUGGAUCGUGCUUCUGCCGACCUCGGUCAGGCUCAGGACGGACCUAUUCAGUACUCCAUCUCCACUCCUCAAUUUCCUCCAAAUACAGCCGAUCGCAAGGCUUUGCCGGUCCAUGUUGAGUCCGUUGACCUUAGCCCUGACCGUAAGACUCUUGUCGGUAAAGUUGCUGUUCAGAAUCUCGCCUUCCACAAGUGGGUCGCUGUCCGCUUCACCGUCGACAACUGGCAGACUACCUCCGAGGUCGCUGCCGAGUACCUUGGUGAUGCUGCCGCACGAGCCGAAGACGGUCAGGACCGCUUCAAGUUCGUUAUUCGCUUGCAUGAUUUGGCGAAUCUGGAGAACAAGACUAUGUUGUUUUGCGUGAGGUACAAUGUUGAAGGACAUGAGUUCUGGGACAACAACUCUGGUCGUAACUUCUCUGUUGAGUUCAGACGCCGACCACAGUUUUCCUUGCCAAGAAGGGCAAGCUACCCGCACUCCAGGCCAACCUUCUCGCAGCCAAAGUUUGCUCACUCUCAGAACGCUGCCGAUAGCGAUGAUGAGGGACACUACGGUCACCAUCACAAGGGUGAGGACGACGACGAUACGCCUCAUUUUGUGUUGAAGGCUGGCGGCCCUGGAAAGAUCCUCGACUCUGUCCUCAAGGUUGACACUACCCAGAAGCAGCAGUUCGAGAAGGACCGUGCUGAGACUGCGAGCCCUGGUGUCGCUGCCGUCAGAAGGGACCGCGAUGGCGUCUUCUCUUCUCGCUACGAUUUCAGUGCGAGUUUGACGCAGGCGAUCAAGGCUGCUUCUUCUGCUCUUGGGUCAAGUGCUGGGUUCCGUCCGAGGGGCCCGAUCGCUUCUCCGGAGCAAUCCGCGAUCAACCCUUACUUCUUGCCUCCUGUCCCGGCAUUGAUGUCGCCGACUGAGGACAGGAGUGACGAAGAUGAGAGGACGAUCACUGCGGUUGCUGCUAUGCCCGCCUCACUUGUUGAGCAGGCUGAGGCACAGACUGCCACUGACUUCUUGCGUCCUUCGACCGCGAAUGCUAGAUUGGGUGGUGACACCAGCCCGGUGUUCAGAUCAAACAGCCCCGUCCUCGCGAGCCCUAACGCGGACGCUGGAAAGCCUGCGAUCAACUCCACUUCUUACUUCGACUUCAUCAACAAGUACUGCUGGCACUCGAACGGAAAGGUCACCUCCCCCAAUGCCGUCCCCUCCGCCGCCCAGAUCGGCCAGAGGCUCAUGUCACCAGAGCUCUCCCCACAAUCACCCCAAUCACCCCCAGAAUCGCGAUCGAGGUCCCCGAAUCCGCCGAAGCAGUCCCCCCCGUUGAGGGUGUUCGCAAGUGAUGAUAUGUAUACUACCGCUCCUCCUCGAGGUGGGUCUCCGAUCACGUUUGGUGCAUUUGGUGGGCCAUCCCCGUUGACGAGUGCGCAGUCUUCGAGGUCGAGCAGCGGAACGGCGACACCGACGAUGUUUGGGCAGACGAAUGGUCAGGCAUCGCAAUUGGAGAGUUUCCUCGCCUCGCAGAAGCCGUUCGAGAGCGCACCGGCGACGGCGAUCAGGGGAUAGAGGAUGAAGUUGAGGAGAGUGAAGAUGGACUAGAAGUGGUCAUUGACCACGAUAACAAAAAAGAAAAUUGCUAAGAGAGAGCGUUGAGUGAGUGUACGGGGGUUUAUCGGGCGCACUAACAUGGGUUUUAUUCAUUGCACGGGUGUUUCGUUUUCAUUAUUACUUUUGUCACCGGCUGUUUGCAGUUUGCAUGCUUGAAAAACUUCGGAGGAGGAAGCCGAACGUGCCUUCUUUUCCUUUUUUUUAUUUCUUACACCUUUUUUUCUCUCUGAACCUUUUUUUGAGCACGCUCGGCU